UUACAUGUUACUUGCCUCACAGCAUUCCAAUGGAAUGGCUUGUUGCAACAACCCUGUUCCAGCCAGUUAUCUGAUUUGUUAUGGUCAUCACAUGUUCCACACCAUCUUCCAAUCAGCUUACUCUGCCUCUUUUUUUGUUCUUAUUUCAUCCCUUCUUUAAUUCCACAAGAUUUCCAGUUAGUUGCUCUUUGCUAUUUGGCUACUUCGGAUUUAUUUGUCAACCACUCACUCCUUAGUUCGCUUGCUUCAGGUGCAUUAUUGUUACUGGACAGCAAACAAAACCACAUUCAGGAACCUAAAUGUGGAACAUCCAUCUCCUGAUUGGACUCAACAUAGAGUAAGGCUAUUUCAGCGCCAAACAGAGGAAUAUGAAGAAGCCAAGUGUCUUGCCAGGCAGUAGCUGGAAGAUUCCCAAGCCGAGAGUGAGAGAGAGAGGUGACCAAACGAAAGGUUAAGAACAAUAAGCGGUACCUGUCCUGCUCUGAUGAUGAAGCAGGUAAUGUUUCUGUCAUAAACAUGUUGUAUAUUCUUUUUAAUAAUAUAAAAUAGCAACAAAAAAAAAACAUAUCUGUUUGCUUUCAGGUCCAUGCUCUACUGAGAGAACGAGAGUUCCCAUGGCAGAGAGAACGCUGUUGCUGAUAGAACCAUCCAGCAGAGAUGUUCCUGUUUCGAAGAGGACAACACUGCCAGCUGAGUCCCUCAACGGUGAAGUCAUAGAUUUAAUGGCCACAAGUACACCAAGGCAAAGGGUCACCCCAAGGCAAAAAGCCACUGAAGAUCAAGCAGCAGGCAUCGCUGAUGCUUUAAGGAAUAAUGCUGCAAUCACAGAUAUCUGCAAGUCACUGCUGAUAAAAGUGAACAUGAUGGAGGGGAAAAUGCACACCAUGGAGAAGCUGUUCCAUAAUGUGGCUUCUCGGCAUUCUGAGAGCCAAACUCAAGAUGAUCUGCGCCUGGAGCCUUGUAAAGAUGCGGAGGACUUUACCUUGCUUGACAAUAACUUGCAGGACAAGGCAUAUUUCCAGCAAGCUGUCCGUUUUCUAAGCCUCAUUGGAGGACGGAAGCUGGGAGAAAAUACCAGACGGACCAUGCUGGCUGUCGCCAGCAAUGCUGUUUGGUGUGGAUACAGCCUGCAUGGGAAGAAGCAGAAAGCCAAGCUGUGUAACCUUAAAAUAUUCAGGCUGAUCAAACGUGCUGUGAAGACCUCGCUUCCAGACUCCACAGAUAAGGACAUAGAGGUGCAAAUAAUGGAAGUCCUUACGCAUGCUCCCCAGAAAGUCAGAAGAGAGGCUGAAGCACAGCAUCGUGCCACACAAAUGGAGGCCCAUUCUUCUGAGGAGGACUAAGUGAACCUGCACCCUUUCUGUUUUAUUUUUCUCAGUUUUGUUCACAAUUUUAGAUUUUUCUAUUUUUAUAUAUUUUUUUUUGAUCAUUUUUUUUAAAGCGCCUUGUGGUUUUUAUUUUGAGAGGCGCUAUAAAAAUGUUUUGUUUAAAUUGUGUAUGCAAGUGUCAAAUCUUUAUGUAAUAAAAAGCUGAAAAGUCA